UUGAAUUAUUUCUCCACAAAAACCCUUAAAAUGAGUAAUUUAAUUAAAUCCGAGCUACUUGAGGAGUCACAAGAAAGUUGUUUGGGAUGUUUAUCAAAAAAUUGUUCCGUGAAACAAGAAAUUCCACAAGAAAUUUUUGAAGUUUACAGUAAUUUAUUGAACAAAAAUUUAAAUGCUUUAAAUGCCGAAUUGAUGCGAUUUUGUGAUAAUUGUAUGAAAUUCCUGCAAAAAGCAGUCAAAUUUCGGGAAAAAUGUCUCGAAUCUUAUGAAAUUUUGACGAAAAUUCUUCCGGUUAGUCACGAAUUUCAAGGAUUCAAAGCAGAAAUGUUCGUUUCUGAGGCAGAAAAUGCAUUUCCAGUUCAAGCAAUCAUCGAUGAUGUCUUUGCGGAGCCGAUAAAAGUGCAAGAAAGUGAAGAAAUGGUACAGGAACAAGUGGAUGAGAAGCAAAUUUAUCAAUGUGAAUUGUGUUGCGAGGUUUUUGUGGAUAAGGAAUUAUAUGAAGGUCACUUGAAACAAGAAAAAAAGAAACAAAAGUUGCUUUAUUGCGAUGUUUGUGGUUAUUGUGCCAAGGGAAAGGCGAGUCUCGUUAGUCAUAUGUACAGAAAACAUCUCCCGAAACCUGUCAAGAGCAAAAAUCAAUCAAAAAUCGAAGAAGAAGUGACUUGCAUCGAUUGCGGCAAAGUUUGUGCUUCAAUGUCCAAAUACAAAACUCACCAACGAAUUUAUCAUUCGGUAAAAACUCACACCUGCAAUCAAUGUGGCAUCUCAUAUACUUACGGAUCGGACCUCCAACGACACAUCGAACGGAAACACGAAACUCACUACAAAGACUGUCCAAUGUGCGGAAAACAAUACAAAGCCAUUUCACUCACGGGUCACAUUGCGUCCGUGCAUUUACAACGAAGGAAUUUCGCAUGCGAUCAAUGUGAUCAGAAAUUCAAGUCGAGCUCGCAAUUGAAGAAACAUAAAUACUCGCACGGGAAACUGAGGCCGUUCAUGUGUCAGGAAUGCGGAACGGGAUAUUACAUGAAUGAAUUGCUGCGGAAGCAUUACGAGAGACAGCAUCAAAUUAUUUAUAGUCAGGAGGAGAUUCGGAAGUUGUGUGGCAAGGGAGCGGGAAUUGGGGGAGCGCCACUGAAAUAUGCGAGAAAUAAUGUUGUUACGUAGAUUUUUUUGUAAAAUUGAUUAA